AUGCCCGUCGAGAAAUACGAAGCUGACAGAAAAAACAUCACCAUCGGCUCCGGAGCGAUUACCCCCAACUAUCUCUGCGACACCUUGUUCUCCCAAGUUCUUGCCACCCAGUUCAAAAGUCUCUCCCCUGGAGAUGGAUUGGAAUGGGCUCAACUCAAUCUUUCCCCAGGCCAUUACAACUGGGACACUCUCGACCGCCUCGUCUCGUUUGCGGAGAAGUAUCAUAUGGUCGUCAAAGGACAUGGCUUGAUUUCAGGUUGCUGCAACCCUGACUACCUUCUCAACAUCACCGACCCCGUGGAAUUCCGAGGUGCAAUGAAGGAUCACUUCAAUGCUACCAUGCAUCGCUACAGCGGCAAGAUGGACCGCUGA